AUGAAAAAUUAUGAAGUGAAUGAAUUAAAAAAUUUACGAGCACUUUCAAAUGCUAUGGAUAAAAUUCGGCGAAUUUUUAAUAAUUUACGUUUCAAAUAUAUUCAAAUGUAUAAUAUUUUAAAAAAAGCAAAUAUAAUAGAAAAUAAUGAAAAGAAAUUGGAAUUAUUGAGUCGAAUUAAAAAUUUGCCAUCAUUGCGAUCGAGUAAACUGAAAUUACUUAAUGAACUGAAACGUUUUUCACAAAUGGCGAAUCGCUUAGAGAAGCAAAACGACACGAAAAUUAUCAAAAAAUUAACGAAACCGCCAUUUACUAAAGUUCUUACAUCUAAAAUUUUUGAUGAAGACGAACGAAAUUCCAAAACUCGGUUUGGAAAUGCUCCAUCAUUUAAGGAAAUUGAUAAAUCGCAAUUAAGUGAUAAAAGUGAUAACAAGAAUACAAUAAAAAAUAAAAUAUCGCAAAAUUCAACGGAAUUAACUCAAUCAACAAAAAAUGAAAACGUGUCCAUUAAACUAUUGAAGAAACCUUUCAAAAAUGAUGAACAAAAACCAAUAAAUAAAUGGAAAAAUGAGAAAAACGAUAAAAUUUCGGGGAAUUCUACUGUUAUUGUUAAAAAUCAUGGGAAACAAAAUUUUACUGAUAAAACCGAUGAACGCACAUUAUGUAAAUAUGAGCGAAAAAAUAAUGAGCGGAAACCGCCAGCUAAGCAACGAUUAUCUCUUAGCAGUUGGCAGAAUUGGAGAGGACAAUUCAGAAACCGCGUAACUGGAAUCGCACAUGCCCGUGUAUUUUCAAAAACAAAUGAACGUUUCGCAGCUGUUUAUGUUUAUCCGUUACAAUGGGCGAGCCUAAGCACUGAAUUGCCAAAAGAAACGGAGAAUACGAUUCGAUUUUCGGGAUGGGAAGCAACAAAUGGAAUACGAUUACGAAUUUGUUGCGACAAUGCGAAUAAAUGUCCCAUCCGUACAAAUUUCGACGUCAAUAAAAGAAGUCGUCGAUGGAAAGAAUAUGGAAUCGUUUGUCCAAGUGGAACAUCAAAGUUACUAUUCAUAUGCGAAAAUAAAGGAAAAAAUCAAGGAGCUUGUGGUCUCGACAAUAUUCGAUUACUGAAUGAGGCAUGUGAAUAA